GAAUAUUCUAAGCAUUGAAAUGGAUAAACAGAAUAAAUACGAUAGACAACUCAGAUUGUGGGCUGCUUCUGGACAGAACAGCUUGGAGAAUUCCCACGUUUGUUUGUUAAAUGCGUCUGUAUUGGGUAGUGAAGCAAUGAAGAAUUUGAUUCUUCCUGGAGUUGGUGAGUUUACAGUUAUUGAUGAUCGCAUAGUGGGUCCUCAAGAAGCUCAAGGUGGUUUCUUCUUGGGCCAUCUGGAUAUAGGAUUGAACAGUUCAAUCGCAAUGGUGGAGAAUCUUUCAGAAUUAAACCCAGAUACUGCUGGAUAUUCCGAGACUAGGCUGAUUGAACAACUUUUGCAAGACGAGGAAGAUUCAUACUGGCAAAAGUUUCAGUUGGUUGUUCUUACUGAGAGGCACAGAUAUACAACUCAUAUAGUGGACAAAUUGAAAGAUAUAUUAUGGAGAUUGGAUGUGCCUCUCCUUAUAGCAGAUUCUAUGGGAUUUUAUGGAUAUGUCCGAGUAAUAGCACGUGAAAUAACUGUGGUGGAAACUCACCCAGAAUCAUUGAUUGAUCUCAGAGUUGACCAGCCUUGGGAUGAUUUACAGGCGUAUUGUGAUUCCGUCGAUUUAAUUGAAUUAGACAAUACCGACCAUGCCCAUGUACCAUAUGUAGUGAUCCUUGUUAAAGCACUCCAAGAAUGGAAACGACAAAAGGGAACUAGUCCAAAUACAUAUGAACAGAAACAACAAUUCAAAAGGAUGAUACUGGACAUGUCUAGAGAUCUCCGAAGUGAAGCAAACUUUGAAGAGGCAUACAAUUCUGCAUGGAGAGCUUCUCAAGUGACAACCGUUCCCGCACAUAUUACAGAACUUUUGGAAGAUAUAGAUUCACAACCAGGAAACUUAAAAAGUGUAUUUUGGGUAUACAUUUGCGCAUUAAGAAGGUUUUUAGUGAAAAACAAUGGAUUACUUCCUUUGCUGGGUGUGCUUCCAGACAUGGCAUCAGAUACAGAGAGGUACGUGGAAUUACAAGCCAUAUAUCGAGAAAAGGCUGCAAAGGAUCAAGCUGCGCUACGCUCCGAAAUAGAGGAAGUUUUAGAAUCAGAGUCAAUUAAAGAUGUUGAGUCUAGAACGGGAGAAGCAUCUGAAUUAACGGGACUCAUUUUAGAUGAUGAGUCCAUAAAAACCUUCUGUAAGAGUUGUCGCUUCCUUUAUGUCGCUCGUGGAAGUCGUGCAGACUUCACUUCAGAUAUGGUUCCUGAUGGAUUGUUAGCAAUUUAUUACGCAGUGAUCAAUGUGGGAAUCUUUUCAUCUAAUAAGGGAAGAAUUCCACAACCUGGGGAUUUAGAAUUGAUAACCAAAGGUGCAGAGAUAUCGGAGGAAUACCGUAAAAUCAUCGAAGAGAUUUUGGCCCACUAUUCAAUCCAAUAUCACAAUGUUUGUAGUUAUAUGGGUGGAAUUGUUGGACAGGAAGCACUUAAGUUGGUGACUCGUCAAUAUCGUCCGUUAGAUAAUUUGUACGUCUAUGAUGGGGUUCAUUGCUUGAGCGAGAAAUGGAAAAUAUAG